GUAGGUUUCCGGUUUUGAACCUCUCUUUCUAUGUAGUUCUCGAUACGCAACGUGGUGUUUUUACCAUUAGUGGACAGAAAUUGACGGAAAAUUGAAAAGAAAAAAAGCAGGAAGAAAAUUUGCUCUACAAAAUGACUUGCAAACGUAGGAAUGGUGGACGUGCCAAGCAUGGCCGUGGUCAUGUCAAUCCAGUUCGCUGUACCAACUGUGCUCGUUGCGUCCCUAAGGACAAAGCAAUUAAAAAAUUUGUAAUCAGAAAUAUCGUCGAAGCUGCUGCUGUUAGAGAUAUAACAGAGGCCAGCUUUUACCAGUCCUAUCAGUUGCCGAAGUUAUAUGCCAAGCUUCACUAUUGUGUCUCUUGUGCCAUUCACUCUAAAGUAGUACGCAACAGGUCAAAGGCUGAUCGUCGUAUCAGAACACCUCCCGUUCGCAAUUUUCCUAGGGAUUUGCGUCAAGGCCAACAGAACAGGAAAUAAUUUUAUUAUGUAAAAUUGAAACUGCAAUAAAAAUUCAUAAAACUAUAA